UUAAUCCAGGAGGAAUUUUGUUGUCAGAGAAUAAAAGAAGGUUGUCCAUAAUUGACUUUAAGCAGCAAUCAGUAAAACACUGAGCUCUUCAGCUCCGUCUUUCUUGCUCUGAGAAUUGGAAAACCAAGAAGGUUUUGAUGUUUUGUGUGGCGCCACCUGAAUUAGAAGCCAAGAUGAACAUAACCAAAGGAGGUCUGGUGUUGUUUUCAGCAAAUUCUAAUUCAUCGUGUAUGGAGCUUUCAAAGAAAAUUGCUGAGCGGCUGGGGGUGGAGAUGGGCAAAGUGCAGGUUUACCAGGAACCUAACAGAGAAACAAGAGUACAGAUUCAAGAGUCCGUAAGAGGAAAAGAUGUUUUCAUCAUCCAAACCAUUUCAAAGGAUGUAAACACCACCAUCAUGGAGCUCCUGAUCAUGGUGUAUGCAUGCAAGACCUCUUGUGCCAAGAGCAUCAUUGGCGUGAUCCCCUACUUUCCUUACAGCAAGCAGUGCAAGAUGAGAAAACGAGGCUCCAUCGUCUCGAAAUUGCUGGCUUCCAUGAUGUGCAAAGCUGGUCUAACUCAUCUUAUUACUAUGGAUUUACACCAGAAGGAAAUUCAGGGCUUCUUCAAUAUUCCCGUUGAUAAUUUAAGAGCAUCUCCAUUCCUAUUACAGUAUAUUCAAGAAGAGAUCCCAGAUUACAGGAAUGCAGUCAUUGUAGCCAAGUCUCCAGCCUCAGCCAAGAGGGCACAGUCUUUUGCUGAGCGCCUGCGCCUGGGGAUCGCUGUGAUUCACGGAGAAGCGCAGGAUGCUGAGUCAGACUUGGUGGACGGACGCCAUUCCCCACCCAUGGUCAGGAGUGUUGCUGCCAUCCACCCCAGCCUGGAGAUCCCCAUGCUAAUUCCUAAAGAAAAGCCUCCAAUCACCGUGGUUGGCGAUGUUGGAGGAAGGAUUGCCAUCAUCGUGGAUGACAUCAUUGAUGACGUUGACAGCUUUCUUGCUGCAGCAGAGACCCUGAAGGAAAGGGGUGCAUAUAAAAUCUUCGUGAUGGCAACUCAUGGCUUGUUAUCUUCCGACGCCCCCCGGCUGAUUGAGGAGUCUGCCAUUGACGAGGUCGUGGUCACCAAUACAAUUCCACACGAAGUCCAGAAACUCCAGUGCCCCAAGAUUAAAACUGUGGACAUCAGCAUGAUCCUUUCAGAAGCAAUCCGCCGGAUUCACAAUGGGGAGUCCAUGUCCUACCUUUUCAGAAACAUAGGGUUAGAUGACUGAGAAGUUUUCCUUUUUCAAAAUUCCCAAGGGCCAAACUGGAAGCAUAAGGAUGAAUGCUGUGAGGGGUCGUGCUUGGUGGGAUGUAUUUCACAGGGGCUAUUGUGUGUGUUCCUUCCUCUUCCCAUGCCCUUCCUUCCUGUUGAUUCCUAUGAAGAUAGACCAACUUUUUAUGUCAGUUUGGGCGUUUGUGGGUUUGGGGGCAAUUUUUAUAGAAGAAAAACUUUAUUCUCCUCUUCAAUACAAUAAGUUAAAAUCUGAUUUUUUUCAUCUAACUGUUUAAAAGAAUAACACUUGGAAUACAAUUUCUAAGCUCACAAACCGCCUUUUCCCAGAGUUGCUUAAGCCAAGUGUUUAAACAAGUUAAUAAAAUAACAUGAUCCACUGUAUGAUAACCUGCAAUUAAAAAGCCAGAUUAUACUGUUGAAUCUAGUAAAUGACAUUUUUAGAAAUGCUUUUAUAGACAAGCAUAUGGAAUAUGUGAUUGUAUUUAUUUUCUGCAACUAAAGAAGGAAUAAAACCUGUGUUCGUGUGUGUUUUUUUAAAUUCUGUGUUUUGGCAAUUGUUUUUUAACUGAAAUAAAAUGAAAGCUGAAU